GAGCAAUCGCCUUGACAUCACCGUCUCAGCAGCCGUGAUCGCGGGCAGGGACUUAGCCUUACACUCAGCCAGCCUGUGGACCCCACCACACCACACGUCAACCUCGAAGCAUUGCUCAACAAAUCUUUCUGAUCAUCCUCCUACUCAUUGUCAGCAGACUCCCCCUCUGCUCUGACAAUCUCCCUUCACCGCACCUCUACCCUACUGCACUCACCCACCACACCGACGACAUGGCGAGCACGGUGAUCCACCGCGAGGAGGAGCAGAACGCCGGCACGAUGGAGCUCAAGGAGAACACCGUCAUUAUCGUCCUUGGCGCGUCCGGUGAUCUCGCAAAGAAGAAGACCUUUCCCGCACUCUUUGGCCUGUUCAGAAAUGGCUUCCUGCCUCGCGAUGUCAAGAUCGUCGGCUACGCUCGAACGAAGAUGGAUCACACCGAAUACUUGAAGCGAGUCAAGUCACAUAUCAAAACUCCAACAAAAGAGAUGGAGCAGCAAUUGGACGAAUUCUCCAAGUUCACCACCUACGUGAGCGGGCAGUACGACAAGGAUGAGAGCUUCCAGGAGCUCGAGAAGCAUCUGCAAGAGCUGGAGAAGGGUCAGAAGGAGACCAACCGCGUGUUCUACAUGGCAUUGCCUCCUUCCGUCUUCAUUCCCGUCUCCGAACACUUGAAGCGCAACAACUACCCCAAGACUGGUAUCGCACGCAUCAUCAUUGAGAAGCCAUUCGGAAAGGACCUUGCGUCAUCGCGCGAGCUUGACCAGGCUCUGCGACCUAACUGGAAGGAGGAGGAAAUCUUCCGUAUUGAUCACUACCUUGGAAAGGAGAUGGUCAAGAACAUCCUGAUCUUGCGCUUCGGAAACGAGUUCUUUGGAGCAACAUGGAACCGCAACCACAUCGAUAACGUGCAAAUCACCUUCAAGGAGCCAUUUGGCACCGAGGGACGUGGUGGCUACUUUGACGAGUUCGGCAUCAUUCGCGAUGUCAUGCAAAACCACUUGCUCCAGAUCUUGACCCUGCUCGCCAUGGAGCGCCCAAUUUCCUUCUCCGCUGAAGAUAUCCGAAACGAAAAGGUGCGCGUACUCCGCGGUAUGCCUGCCAUUGAGCCAAAGAACGUCAUCAUUGGCCAGUAUGAAAAGUCGCUGGACGGCUCCAAGCCAGGCUACAAGGAGGACGACACCGUGCCUAAGGAGUCGCGAUGCCCCACCUUUGCAUCCAUGGUCGCCUACAUCAAGAACGAGCGCUGGGAUGGUGUUCCAUUCAUCCUCAAGGCAGGAAAGGCUCUGAACGAGCAAAAGACAGAAGUCCGCAUUCAAUUCAAGGAUGUCACGUCUGGUAUCUUCAAGGACAUCCCGCGUAACGAGCUGGUGAUCCGAGUGCAGCCAAACGAGAGCAUCUAUAUCAAGAUGAACAGCAAGCUGCCUGGUCUCAGCAUGCAGACGGUUGUCACUGAGCUGGAUCUCACCUACCGACGACGAUUCUCUGAUCUUAAGAUCCCAGAGGCAUACGAGAGCUUGAUCCUCGACUCACUCAAGGGCGAUCACUCCAACUUUGUGCGUGACGAUGAGCUUGAUGCUUCAUGGCGCAUCUUCACUCCUCUCCUGCACUACCUCGAUGACAACAAGGAGAUUAUUCCAAUGGGUUACCCAUACGGCUCCCGCGGCCCAGCUGUCCUCGACGACUUCACCUCCUCAUACGGCUACAAAUUCGCCGACGCUGCAGGAUACCAGUGGCCACAGCACCAGAUUGAGCCUAACAAGCUCUAGAUGAGAGCUUGGUCGCAGCAGUACUUUUACAAAAGCGUACAAUGCAUCGUAUUAGCGGGGCACGAUAUAGAACUGGUUUACAUCCUCGCCCAGUGAAGAGAUGAAACUUCAGAAGACGGAAAUGGAUAAAUGGAAUCUAGAUACGAGACAGACGAAUGGGUAGGCGAGCAAUGCGUCCUAAGGAUCACCUGACGGAAAUUUUACCAAACGAAAGCUUUCAUCAUUGCGAAGGCGCUAGGACAUGGAGAGAGACGGGUGCUCUUACGCCUGGUUGCGGACACAAUCUGAUGUUCUAUAGACAAAGGUUGGUUCGAUGGUGAGGGGUUUCUAUCGCUGUAGACGCCCAACGUACUCGGAACCGUAUGACCAAACACGCAUGAAAGGCCAUCACUACUCAUCUGACUCCAUUCGAGCUCUUUCCUCUUCCCAAUCAAUACAACUCUCUGGCAC